UAGGAUGGAUGUGCGGUUUUGUGUCGCUUUGUUGGUGCUUGGUGGGACUCUCGCUUUUUCCGGAAAAGGGUACUACUGCAGAGAUCCUGACACUGGUAAACUCCACACGGUGAAUUCAACAUGGCGAUCCAUAUCUUUCUGUGGCAACUACACAUGUAGGCUGAAGAGAAGAGAUCACCAUAAUGAGAAACCUUUGAGAGAAUUCCAAAUAUCUGACUUAAAUCUAUUAGGAACAAUUACACCUAAAACAGUGAUUAAAUCUGUGGAUACUAAGAACAGAUCUGCUGAAACUAAUUCUGAUCAAGAAGAGAAAAUAGCAGUUGAUAAUUCUGUAUCAAACAAAACAGUAUCAGAAAAUAGAUCAACAGAUAAUUCUGGGGAAAGUAAAAGAUUAGAAACGAUUUUACAUAAAUUAUUAACGAAUAUUUCAGAUGCGAACGGUUUGAAGAGAGAUAAUGAAAUAAGAAUUGAUGAUAUGAAACCAGACAGAUAUUUAAACGAUAAGGAAAUAAAAAUAAUUUCUGAUCUACUGCAUAGUGUUAAGAAAAGUGAUUUAGAGACAGUCGUUGACAUAUAUAGUUUAGCUCAAGACAUUUAUAAAGAGUUAGAUAAAAAGACAACAGAGGCAAUUAUUGAGGAAUCAGUUUCAGAAUUAGCAAAGAAAGAGGAAAAAACUUUUAUGUCAAAAGUACCACAUACUAAACUUGUAUAUGAAUACGAGCCUAUGUAUAUUUCUCAGAAAACAAUGACGGAGAUAAAAAAUCAAGAACACGAUGUGCUUUCGGAAUCAUAUCCAAAAAUAAUUCAUAAUGAAAUUAUUCAUGGUUACAAACCAAUACAGGUUAUAGGUCCACACAAAACCAAUAACAUAGCAGAUAUGCAUAAAGAAGCAUCUGAGAUAGUUCCAUCAUAUAAUACGCCUAAAUUUGAAAGUCCGCUUCCAACCCACAAACCUUUACCUACUCCAAACUAUGGUCAAUUGCCUUAUUAUUUCCAAAUGUUAGAUUUUCAAAGACAGUCUUCAUCCGUCCAUCCAUCUACAAAUACGUAUUCAACAUAUCCUGUUACAGAAUCAUCAUUUACAUCUGAAAAGCGUUCAACACCUCCAACUAACUAUAAAUCAAAUGAGCAUCAUAAUAUUAAUCGACCCGUAUUAUUACCUUAUCCAUAUUAUCAAGUUCGUUAUAAUGCAUCUGGUUAUCCUUUCAACUACUUCUACGGUGUCAACCCUUACCACGACGCUUACAGGAAAGAAUACAACCCGUACUAUGUCACUCGCACCGCUUUUACCAAUAAUGCUAAUAUUCCGGAAAGAUCUUACAUCCCUGGAUCUUUAAUUGACACAUUACUGCCUAAAGAUUACAGCAGAAAUCAGAAUAAAAUCGAUUGGAAGACUGAUUCUUUAUCAGAUGAUGUGCUUGACGAAAUAAGGGCACAUUUCGAGAGUAAGAAUAUACUGUUUAAGCCUAUCUGUUUGAGGAAGAAAGUCAAGUUGGAGAAAGUUGCUAAAGUGCUUAAAUUGCACGAUAAUAACAGAGAAAAGAGAAGCACUUCAUCAGACGAGCGAGAUGUUGUGAAAAAUGAUGACAUUUACGAAGUUUACAUUGAAAGUACCACAUGCCUGAACGAUGUGGACCCUGGUUUCUUUAGAAUGGGCAACAUUUCCGCUCCCUAUCCCGCUUGCUGUCCUCAAAGGAUAAAUCGAUAG